GGCGGGCCCGGGAGGAGAGGCGCGGAGGGGAGCGGAGCUAUGCUAAACCCGGGGUACCGCUGAGGCGGGGCGGGCCAGGCCAGAGGCGGGGGCUCUCCGGCGGCGGGCGCGCAGGGGCCCGGCUCCCGAGGCGGCGGCAGGCAGCAUCUCGGCGCGGGGAGCGGCUCCGCAGCCACCGGGCCAAUGAACAUGUCAGUGUUGACUUUGCAGGAAUACGAAUUCGAGAAGCAGUUCAACGAGCAUGCGGCCAUCCAGUGGAUGCAGGAGAACUGGAAGAAAUCAUUCCUGUUUUCAGCUCUGUAUGCUGCCUUUAUAUUUGGUGGUCGGCACCUAAUGAACAAACGAGCAAAAUUUGAACUGAGGAAGCCGCUAGUGCUCUGGUCUUUGAGCCUCGCUGUCUUCAGUAUAUUCGGUGCUGUUCGAACUGGUGCUUAUAUGCUGUACAUUUUGAUGACCAAAGGCCUGAAACAGUCAGUGUGUGACCAGAGUUUUUACAUUGGACCUGUCAGCAAAUUCUGGGCAUAUGCAUUUGUGCUAAGCAAAGCACCCGAACUAGGUGACACAAUAUUCAUUAUUCUUAGGAAGCAGAAGCUCAUCUUCUUACACUGGUACCAUCACAUCACGGUGUUACUUUACUCGUGGUAUUCCUACAAGGACAUGGUGGCUGGCGGUGGCUGGUUCAUGACCAUGAACUAUGGAGUACACGCCGUCAUGUACUCGUACUAUGCCUUGCGGGCUGCUGGCUUCAGGGUGUCGCGCAAGUUUGCCAUGUUCAUCACCUUGUCGCAGAUCACUCAGAUGUUGAUCGGUUGCGUGAUCAAUUACCUGGUCUUCUCCUGGAUGCAGCAGGGCCAGUGCCAUUCCCACGUGCAGAACAUCAUCUGGUCCUCUCUCAUGUACCUCAGCUACUUUGUGCUCUUCUGCCAUUUUUUCUUUGAGGCCUAUAUCGGCAAAACCAGAAAAGAAAGGAAGGUUGACUAGUGGUAGAAACGAGAAGCSAUAGCUCAGGGUCAUCAAGAAAAACAAAAUUAUAAGAAACAAAAAGGCACAAGGAAACACAUAUAUGUAUGGUGCAGCUAAAACUUGGCAGCUUAGGGAAAGUUAGCRUGGUUUAACCCAGUAAGUUUAUGAUCCUAUCAUGGUGAGGACUCACUGAAUUCUACUCUAUCUCAAAGGACUGCUGACGAAAGACAACUUCCUUCUUGUACCUGUCUGCUCUAGAAAAGAAGGAGAAAAGAAAGAAGAGGGAAAAAAAAGAAAAAAGGAAAGAAAAAAAAGAGAAGAAAAGAGGAAUGGAAUAAUGUUAAGGGGAGAGAAAAAAGUACAUUAAAUAAGCAGUGUGUUUCCCCAAGGUGGAGGAGAGACUUCUGUUUUUAAAAAAAAGGUUUCUAAAUCCUUUCUAAUAAUUUCACUGCAUAAAGCUUAAAAAAAAAAAAAAAAAAAAAAAAAAAAAAAAAAAAAAAAAAAAAGCAGAGGUGACAAAAAAAAGUCUCUCUAUAAUAACAAUAAGGUUGUGGAAUUAAAAUCUUUUCCAUAGAAGGUUGAUACCUUUAGCCAAAAUGAAGCCCAAAAAGAUGUUUCCUGUAUGGAAACUGGCUGAACUCCACACUGUGGUUAUGAAUGGAAAAGAGCAGAGAUUGAUUUCUCUGCUYGCUGUGUACUCUGCCAGGAGAGCAGAUCUGGGACACAGAGUGACCUCCCUCAGAAGGCUGAAAGGAGCAGUACUUUUACAAGAGUUUAAUGUGAAAAGAUGCACUGUUGCAAUACAUAUCUCAGAGAGUGCAUUUUCCAAGUGCAUUUUUCAAUUGAAGGCAAGGAAUUUCUGCAGCAGGAUAAGUCAUAGAGGGUUAAAUCAAUCAAUAUUUGCUAAAUUACCAGGGGCUAAUAGCGGAGGGAUGUUCAGGAAGGAGAGGGAGACAAYUCCCUUCACGAGAUCUUUGGGAAUUAUCCAUUACUCUUAAUUUAGCCCGCAGCAACACUGAAUUAAAUGGGGGAAAUCAGAAGAAAUCRCAGUUAGCAAGAAGAGAGUGAUUUAUCUGCCCACUGUUUUCAGAACAGAGCCCCGUGGUACAAUCCGGAUUCUGUGCUUUUGCAGACACGAGGAUGCCUGCCUGAGUUGGGAGAGGUGGCAGGACUGUGUGACAUUGGGUAUCACUGUGCUUCUGCAUCUGCCUCCUGGGCAGUGCAAAGAUGUUCAAAGUGCCCUCCUCUGGUCAUGUGGAGAUACUACUACAAAACAUACUUGGAAUAGGUUUUUCUUGAGAUUUGUGUAGAAAAAAAUUAGUCUAAAUGAAGUAAUUUYGCUGCAACAGCUUGACUCUAAAGUCCAGAGAGAAUUAUCCUUCGUUAAACAAAUAUAUAUCUCUGCAGAAUCUGUACUGUAACAUCAGACUGACCGCUUAAGAAGACACUCUUUCUUCUCUGAAGUCAGCUACAGAUAUAAGGAGAAAUGUAUUUCACUCUGAACCUUAGGGAGUUAGUUGAGAMCAGCCAUAUUCUUUCAAAGGCAAGUAGAUUGCAUUAUCUGUGAUAUUCCAGUCCUUACAAAGCCAAAUAAAAUGUGUAAAAGUUCCUAGUAUUUCAAAGACGCAAGUAUGUAAACUUGAUGUUAAAUGUGUUAAAUGUAGUAUUCUAAAUUGUAACAGCUAGGUAGUUUAACUAAACAAUUAGAAAAACUAGAUCAACAAAAUAGGGACUGCUGUUCUGCAUAGAAUAUACACACACACCUAUAACUACACCCAUAUACACAUUCUGUGAAUUGUCAACAAGAAAAAACAGCCCAGUGGCAGAGAAUCACAUUUCCUGGCUAAUGCUAAAGAUUGUCAUUAUCUUUCUUGCUUUAAUUUGAGAUUGUACAGUACAAAGGGUUUUUUUUAAUUAUGAUUUUUAGCUUUAAUUGUGCUGUCAUUCAUGAAACAGAGCUGCUUUAGUAUCCUGUUAAGAGAUGACAAGGGCUUUCGGUGUCUCAUUAUAUACAAAAGAAAAAACAAAUAAAGUUACAUUCCAUAUUAUGUGAAUGGUCUUACAAAUCAAAAGGCCUUUUCAGGCUAAAAUCAUAAUUAUAAYGAGCAGAAAAUGAGUUUACAUUUGUGUUAUUUAAGUUAUUGAUGUGCUGACAUUAUUUUAUGGUACAAAACAUAGCAAAAUGUGAUAUGCAGUAAUGAAGCUAUGAUAUUCAUUAAUAGGACUACUGUAUACGUGGAAAUAUUAGACAAAACCAAUUAAAUGUGUAAACCAUUUUGUUAUACAGCUUGGAAGUAGAUAAUUAUAAUGCUGAAUAAGCCUUUUUCCUCAUGUUUAAUUUUGCCCUGGCUAAAAAGCGGGUUAAGAAGACCGAUUAAGAGUGGAAAAGGCAAAACUAAAGUCUACUGCAGUUAGUUGAUAAGCGUUARUAGAAGCCCACCAUUGUGCCAUUUAGACCCUCAGUCCUGUGUGUCUUAAGUCUCUCAGAUAGAGUGAGAGGGGCUGGAAGUGGUCCAGUGUCUGGAGCUGAGGUGGAGCAGAAAUCUUGGACUCUGAAGUCAGUGAGGUCACUUUGCUGUGCUUUGAACGRAGCCGGUGUGCCUGACUGCCUUUGAGCAGAGGGGAGGGAGCCCUGCACAGCUCCUGCUCAUUGAGGUUUAUGGCUCAUGACUUUAAAGCCCCAUAACCAUUACCAGUGACAAGUGACAUCCCAGCGUGGCAAGGACUUGCAGCCUGAGUUUACCACGGGCAGAAAACACUGUGGGUUGCAAACAACAACCUACCCUGUUCCAUACUCCCUUUUCCUUAAUUGCAUAGAAUUAAAACCCCACAUUUCUGGGUGCUGGYAGUGCCAACACUGACUUCAGCAGAGCAAGAGAUUCACCUGCUCUCUCCCUAUGUCCCAAAGCCCUCAUGGGUACCUCCUCACCGUUCCCAGCAGCUGCUCCUCGUCGUGCUCACUGCCAUCCCAGACAAGGCUGGUGUGGGAGCAGCUUUCCUGCUGCCUGGGAWGCGGCUGCGGUGCAGUCACCCGCCUGAGGGACCCCUGGUGUGCAAGGGGAGCUCAGCACCAAAUUCAGGGSUGUCCUGGCAGGUGACUGGGCUGCAGACAAGCGCACUUGCAGGGACAGCAGUAUCAGACACAUAAGGUACAGUGACAAAGUAGGGAACAUGUAUUGUCAUGCUGGGAGGUGGCUGUGACACUGCCAUUUGCUUCAGGAAAUUAAAACAUUUACACAGGUCCUAUGGCCCUCCUGUACCUCUGAGCUUUUCCUCUGAGGUUUUCCACUGGAGCCAAAUGUGGUAACUGGCAUUAAAGAAUUUGACAAAAAGAGAAAAAAAA